AUGAGCCCCAGCCAGCGGAGCAGCCGCCUCGCGGGGACGCCGCGCCCUCCUCAGGGCUCGUCCGUCCGCCGCCUUCGGCGGUCGUCCUCAGCGGCAGAGAAGGCGCCUGGAGGCGCCCCGCUGGAGCUGCCCGCGGAGGCCCUCGCCGCCCUCGGCCUGAGCGGGCAGCCGGCGCGAGGCCUCGCGGCCGAGUUCCGGAAGGUUUCGUGCCUCGGGGAGGGCGCCUUCGGCGCGGUGUGGCUGGCGCGGAGGGAGGCGGACGGGCGGCACGUGGCGCUGAAGGAGGUGCCGCGGAUACGCCUGGCGUCCGACGUGGAAGCUAGGCGCCUGUGGGACGAGCGGGACGCCCUCCUGGCGGUGCGCGACGCGCGCGGCGACCCGGCGCGCGCGGGCGGCGUCAGCCCUGCGCUGGUGGCCGCCGUGGCGUCGUACGCCACGCCGACCGCGGUGUGCCUCGUGAUGGAGCUGGUGGAGGGCGCAACGCUGCACGAGCACGUGCGCAGGGCCGGGCGGCUGCAGGAGGAGGCCGCGCGGUGGUACGCCGCGGAGGUGGCGGGGGCCAUUGGCUGGCUGCACGCCGAGGGCUGGCUGUAUCGCGACCUGAAGAUGGGCAACGUGAUGGUCUCAGCGCGCAGCGGCCGCGCACGGCUCGUCGACUUCGGCUUCGCGCGGCGCGCGUGGCGCGCCACGUCCGUGGUGGGCACGCUGCAGACGAUGGCCCCGGAGGUCAUCGCCUGCGCGCCGCACCUCGCGCUGCCCGCGGCCGCGGAGCCCCAGGGGUCCGCGCCCGGCUACGGCGCUGCGGCCGACUGGUGGUCCCUGGGCGUGGUGAUGUACGAGAUGCUGACCGGGGAGCCGCCCUUCGGCCACCACGACGACGUCCACCUAUAG